AUGCUGCAGCACGCGGUGGCGCUAUUGCUGCAGCGCCUACUGGGCAGAUUCGUGACCUUCGACUCCAUUAUGCUCAAGCUGAGUUUGUGGCAGGGCGACCUGUCGUUUCAAGACCUCCAGCUGCGAUUAUCUUACGGUGAUGGCGAGAUCGGUCACCUGAGCGUCAAGAUCCCGUGGCGUGCGCUGUGGACGCAGCCGGUGCAAAUUAAGGCGCAAGGCAUCCGCAUCUCGCUGCACCAAACACCCGAGCCUCAGCAUGAGGUGGAGACGACGGAGCUCGAGAACGUGGAUACGAGCAUCGACGGCAGCAAUGGAGAUGAUCGGACGUAUCUGUCGAGAUUGGUGUCACACAUCAUUGCCAACGUGCAGAUCGAGUUGUCGGACGUGCAAGUGCGAUACGACUGCGACCCAAGCUCGCUGGCGCCGCAACCGGGGAGUGGCACGCUAGAGAUCGGACAUGUGAGCUUGAUCAAUACAAAUGCAGAGUGGGAAUUGGAGUUCACACCGCAGUCGAGCUCGGCAAUGGAGUCGAGGAAGUUGCUGAAAACAGAGGGUGUGGCGGCGUACAUUGAGUACCCUGACAUGCGAAGAUAUACAGACGACGAUCUUGCCUCUCCGAAGAUGCACCGAAAGUAUUUAUUCCACGAGUGGCGCAGCACAGUUAAGGCCAGUUUGUAUUAUCACAGCGUCAAUGCAGCGUUCCCAGAUGUGGAACUGGAUGUGGAUAUUGGCUGUGACCCUGGAAGUAUGAGAGAUCAAUGCGAAAUUUGUGCCGCACACAACGCCAGCGGCGACGAAAGAUUCGUCCUGCAAAGCAAGCAGCCUCGAGUGCAUUUCGGACCUGAGCAUAUUGACGUGUUGUACGCCAUUCUGAUUGAAGUGAAGGCACCUUACGACGAGUACGAUCGUCUAGCCGCAUUGACACAGCAGCAAGUAUCGCGGCCCGAUGGAUUUUUGAUGGUGCUGUCGUACGCUAAGCAGUGGCUGCUGACAGACUGCCUGGACGCUGUCGUAGGAGAAACUUUCACACUAGCAGCAGAUGAUGACGAUGAUGACGAUGACGACGAGUUUGAGGAUGCAAUCACCCCACCGAGUCUGUCUGUUCGAGCUGAGCUACGACAUGGUGCAGGGAUCUUCUUUUCUGCGAGAGAGUCUGUCGCGACGGAAGAAGAAAUUGUACGAGGAACGCAGUGGGUAUGGAUUAUAGGAGAUACCGUUGGAGUCAUUAAGCAGUCGUGUGUGGAAGAUGAAGUCCAGCUCUGUGUUCAGUCAUUGCGCAUGUACGAAGUUGCUGAACGCAGCGAGAGUUACAGAAUUAUUGAUCAUGCGAGUCGAAUAAGUGGAAAUGUCGACUCAGGUGAGCUGGUAACUACAGUUGUCCGGAUAUCCUGUGUAGUCCCGGCCUAUCAGAGCCGUCUUGUUGGGCAUCAACCUGCAUUGGACGUCCAGUUAGGUAGCAUGAUGAUGUUCAUUAAAGAUGAGACGUUGGUCAUGUGGAUGACUCUCUUUGCGCCAGUGUAUUUGUGGUGGAACCAGUGGAAUUUAUCGCAUCCGAGCAAGCUGGUUACGUAUGAUGAAGCGCAGAUUGCACCGAUUGCACACUUGGGAAUCAAGAUGGAGAAGGUUUGCUGCGUAUUCGCCCUCCAUGAUCAUUUUUGCUUCGGUGUGGAGCUGAAGGAUUUGGUGAUUGAGACCUCCGAGCCUGAUCGAGAAUUUGUGCAAAGUGACUUUCGAACCAGCUUACGUUUAUUCUCAAUGGACAAGAGCUUGGCCUUGUUGCAAACUCAGAUGGCAUUAAGUGAUGUACAAGGUCUGCAUGAAAUAUUGGCUGUCAGCGACUUCUCGCUAACAAAAAAGAGUCACUCUAGAACGCAAUGGUCGAUGGAUUCUUAUUCCUGCAGGCACUGUACUUUGGGGAGGCAUGGGGUGAUUUCUUACGAGCAGCACGAGGCUGAUCUUGAGCAAGAAACCGCUAUGUAUAACUAUGAAGCGCGGCUUUCAACAAUUAAAGUUGACUGGAAAGUGACAGAACUGGAGGCCCUGUGCUGGGUAAUUGGCAAGUGGAGCUUCUUUUUUCCUGAGAAGCCUGUCAACGGACCUGAUCGUGAUUUGCAUCCAGCAAAAAAAAGCUCGAGCGUGAAUCUGGUCUGUCAACGAAAGCUUUCCGUAAGAACCCCAGAAGUACGACUAUGCGUUUCCGAUGAUCGACCAAAUCAAUCUUCAAUGUUUGUGCUGUCCAUCAAGGACGUGGAUUGGUCGUCGCGUGUUUGCACUACCACUGUUACCGAGAGCGUUAGUAUUUCGUCAAUAUCUCUUGAAGAAGGUGAAAACGUCAUUAUUCAAGCUGCUGGAAGUCCAGGGCUACGUGCCCCUGCUCUCAGUGUCACGUACCUGAUAAGUCGGACCUAUUCUACAUGUAGUGAACCCGACAUUCCUACAGCGUCAUCGAUUUUGCGGUUCAAUCGCCAGGCUACUCGCGCCGUUAUCUCAGUUGAACGACUUCAUGGAUAUUUAUUUCUUCCAGAUGUUCGAACAAUUCUGACGUGGAUUGGAGGAUGCCAUGAUAGAUACUUGCUGGGUUUUAUCCUGUCGACUAGCCUCGGUUAUGAACCAGACGAUUUCCGGCGAAAUUUAUCGAAGCUAGGGACGCAAACAUCGUCGACGCUACUGGAGGACUCGUCGUGUUUUAAUGACGAGGUUGUAAUGAGUCUGUCGGUACUGCAUGGUUUGCAGAUGGACAUUAAACACCGAGAUCAAACACCAGGUGCUCUUGUAGAAGGCGCGGAGUCUAUUAAAGCAAUAGCUCGCGUGGAAAUGUCGAGUAUGUCGCUGCAAGCUACUGGAUCAGGUGCUGCUGUGUGUGGUGGGGGAUUUGAAGUCAAGGGCAGCGUGCGAAACUUGCAGCUGACUGAUUUGACUUCUCCAAGUGGAUCGUGUGCAGCUGAUGUGGUGUUGCCGAAUCGACAAGCCAUUGGAUCGCCUUCAGAAAUGCUGGACGGAGUUGCUGACGUGGGCGCAGUUGGUGUGAAAAAUGUCGUCGAUUUUGUGAUCAAUUCUUCUAAAGAUGGUGGCAUUUUGGCUCGUGUGCGGCUGGACUCGGUUUGUAUUGUGUAUCUGCACCGAGUGUUCAAGCAGUUCUAUCACUACGUGUUUGAUCACGUUGCAGAUGCUGUUGUCAAUUCGUUGGACGAAUUUCCGAAACGUGAAAAGGCUGAAUUUGUGUACAAAAGUUUUAUGGUAAACACUGCGGCGCUCCCUGUAUCGGUCGAAGAUCUCCUCUGCAUGUAUUUCAAUGCAGUGGUGACCGAAGUGAACGAACGCGCUGGUGCCAUGGGAAUAGCGAAAGGAGAGAUGGGAAACGUGCGAUUUGAAGUUGUUGGGAAUGACUUGGCGUUUGCGUUGCCGCGCAGCUCAUUUUCUCGCGAUAGUAUUAUUCUGAGAUCGACGAAUGCCCGUUUCUGGAGCAGUGGAAUUGAUCCUUCGACCUCUGAUUUCUUGCAGAACGGUACCUUUGUCGACGAGUCGCGGCUCUCGUAUGGCUCAGCUCUAGCUGGUGCAUCUGCAGCAAAGGCGCAGCUGUCACGGCGAACAGAGUUGCGAAACCUGCGACGACAGAUCAAAAACCAGCGUUCGCGUAUCUUAAGCAACCGCAGCCAGCUAUUUAUUGAUCUUCGGAGUGCCACCCAGCAAGCACAAAACUAUCUCCACGAAGGUUUUCAGGCUCUACCGGCAGCAGAAGAUGCGGUGAAAAUCAUCCAUAGUAAGAUUCUUCAUUUGGAUCAACAAUUGGAGCAGCUAACGCAACAUCUUCUUAAGGUGGAUGAAGCGCUUGAUGAAGCCAAAGCUGAAGGAGAAGCUCUGAAUAGCGGUGGACGCGAUAGUCUGCAGUUCUUGUCUAGUACCCCGACCAGUGGUACGCGAAGGCGGUCAGACUCCAUGGAGCAAAUUCGUCACGAGGUUGCGAGUAUGUCGCAGCAUCUCAUGACGCCCUUGUUUGUGUCGGAGGAUGCUGAAUUUCAUGAUGCGCGAGUCACAUCGAGUACAAGCAUGGUGCCACGGGGCAAUGGUGAUGCAGAUAUGUCAACUUAUUCGGUGGGACUGUUCGAGUUUGAACUGGUUGAUUUAAGUAGCACCACUCGUGAUUCCGCCUCUGCCCUUUUCCAUCACUCGCUACUAACUGGGCGCAUUGAUUCGGAACCGGAGAGUAUGUCUGAAGCGGCUUUGAGCUCGUUCUAUGGGGUCAGUCUAUCAAUGAACGAGCUCAGCAUCGGAACCGGACAGGAGCAGUACACAACUCUCCUGGGUAUGAUCUAUGAAAACUUUCGGGAGGUAUCACGUGUCGUCACAGAAGAGACGUAUCCGUUGUGCGCCACGUGUGGAGGGCUCCACUACGACACCGAAUUCUGCAGAGCAAUAUGGAUGAGGAUCCCAGUGAAGAUUGCUGAUGCUGCGCUUCGCAUCUCGAAUAACGACCAUCCCGUUGCCGAUAUUUUCUGGGAACAACUCGAGUUGGUGUUUACGUUGCGAACGGAUGAUUCGGUGGAGUUCAAUGGGUCGGCGUUGUCCUUUACGACGGCUGAUAUUCGACCUACUCGUUGUCAAACGGCCUCUGAAAUUGUUCGCCCGCUCCCUGGAGACGGCCUUCAAAUUGAGUACAAUCAAAAGAUGAAUUGGACCGACUCUGUGUACGAUUUGAAGGUGCGCAACACCAACUUUCUCGGGGUGUAUCCUGCUUUCCACGACAUCAUAGCGUUUUUUGCGGAGCCAGUGUUAGCAGAGGGCGAGUUCCUGAAUUUCGGCGCUGGCUAUAUGUCGCCCCCUCCUCCAGACUGGCAGAAAAUUGACUUCUUCGUGACUACAUCCGGGUGUCUCUUCUCGUUAUUGGAAGACUUCGAAACGACCGAUGCUCGAGCGCUGGUCAUGCUGACGGAUGUGGUGGCUGCUUAUUCAACUCACCGGAAGUGUAAGGGUGCUACGGAUAUGACAAAGUGCCAUUUGGAGUUUGAUCAGCAUGGCGUUUAUUUCUCGCAGCUUCCAGAUCUUCAGGUGGGCGUUUCUAUUGACGCAUCGUUUCCUCUGUCAAACUCGUUUCUGCUGGUCUUUGAUCAUUUUGUGGAAGGUUCUAUCACGCUGUCGCGACGCAACUCGUUCGUGUUGGCUCCUGUCGAGACUCGAUUCUCCGUUCAAGACGCCAAUUUAUUUAUUAACAUCGCAAACAACUAUCUGCGGUGGAUUCCGUCGUCAUCUCAGUCCGCAACGCCGACCUACAUUGCCGACAAGCUUCUGGGUGAUGUGGGUGAGCUGCGUCUGGUGCUUGUGAACAACAGCUUAGGCAUUCCAAUCGCUGAUUUCCACAUGCGGGAGAUUGUGUGCGAGUACAUCAAGGAUGAAGACUACUCGACGACUAUGGGCGCCACGCUGCUGUUCAACUACUUCAACAACAGCAUCUACCGAUGGGAACCUCUGGUGGAGCCUUUUGUCGUCCAGAUGCGUAUUCAUCGAGCUUUGGAAGAAAAUAGUCUUGUCGAGGUAUUUGCGAAUCUCCCCAACACAGUCAACUUCAACAUGACACCUGCUAUGGCUCCUUUGCUGUCAUCAGAGGCUCUGAGGCAAGCCGAUUUUGUCACGUCUGGAUCAAAGUCAACUGCUCCAUUCUGGAUUGAGAACAAGACAGGGCUAGAACUCAAGUUCAGCUUCCGUCGCGGCACGGGGACUGUCAUUCAGCAAAUUGUUCCAGACAGCGGAAAGGUGUCAGUUGAUUGUCGAGAGCAAGGAGACAUGCUGACUUUUGACAGCGCCUCAGCAGAUCGGUUCUUGCGGGAAACUGACCGCCAAGCGUUGACGGUCAACCAUACGCUCUCUGUUUGGUUGAAUGGCAACAAGUGGGUGAGUACAAACCCCGUGGUCGUGGAUAUGGUUGGCCAUGUAGCUGUUCCUCUCCGUGAAUCGCUGGUGCCGGUGGCUGAUGCAGACGCGAACGACUUUGAAAAUGGUGGUGAAGAGGACAUUAGUCCGCCGACUUUGGUGGCGGAGAUCAGCAUCCAAGCUGAUGGCAGCAAGCUGAUUAGCCUUCAUUCUCAAGUGGUACUGCAAAAUCGAACAUCUGUCCCCUUGAUGGUGUGGGCGUUUUCUCCGUGCGAAGGGGGUUGCAUUCAAGAGUGGAUUAUUGACCGUGAGCAGGUCUGUCACAUUCCACUCCAACUUGUCCAUCCUCAGAGCAAGAUCAGUAUUCGACCUUCGCCUUAUGUGCAAUAUGCUCCGCUGACAACCAGCUUGGAAGAACUGGGCGACGAGGUGCGGGCGGCGAAAUCUGUCAACUCGAAGCGUUUUGUGCGAGCUGGUAAUUGCACGUGCAACUUCGAGACGUUCGAUACGAUGGAGGAAUUGCAAAGUGCUGCAAAGUCGCUGGAAAUGGUGUCUUCUUCGUCAAUGUCGUCGGCCAUCCCGCUAUCUGGCUACGUUGUUCGAGACUUACCUACUUGGAAAUGCACGUAUGAGGUGGAAGCUUAUUACCUGAUGCGUGCCACGUUUUCAAGUACUGAGGAGCCUUUGCCUGUCGAGGAAUCUGUGGUUGAUCUAGAAAAGGUGGAGGAGGAAGAGGGUGAACAAGUAGAGGACGACUUUCUUCACGUGUUUGGAGAGCCAGCGCGACGUCAGCGCAAAAUGAACCCACUGCGAGACAUGAACUACGAAUUGGACGAGGCAAGAGCGGCUGGACAGCGACGAGGGUUGUACGAAGCGACGAAUUCUAGUCUGUACUACCUAUCCGUGUCGCCAUUCCUGACGCUUCACAAUCGUUUGGCGACAGCGAUGGCGUAUCGUUUGCUCAAUGGUUCUCUUCAGCUGAUUGCCGAAGGUAUACUGGCAGUGGGAAACGUGCUGCCUCUUUUCCAAGUCGAUACUUCAGAGCUAUUGUACAUUUCUUUUCGGUUGGAGAACUACAGCUGGAGUGCCCCGAAACUGAUUAUCAACCCGAAGAUGUCUGUGUACUCGGUGCCCUACAAAGAGACGAUUGAACCAGUGCAGUUGCUUGGUCGCGCAUUUGACCGUGAUAUUACUGGAGAGCAAGGCAGUGUGCCCAACUUGCAACUGCAAGUGAAGCUAUCAGGGCGAGAUGUUAUUGUGUUCUGUUCGAUCUGGGUCGUCAACCAUUCUGACCUCGAGCUUGAGUAUUGCAACUCAACAAGUUCAUCAUCGAAGCGAUUAGAAGGUGUACUCAAGUAUGUCCAUCGACGUGCAGGCUCGUCAGAAGAGUACCGCGCGGACUUCUCGGCACGCUCGAUGUCUUUCCAUGGAGAAGGGAGCAGAGAGACCCAGCUGACGCGCCUGCACAAGGUGAAGCCCUCUACCAACCCAGUUGCUGUUAUUGUUGUUAUCCGGGAAGCAAGGGAUCUGUACAAUGCGCAGUUUUUCGGAUCCCAGAGCCCAUAUGUACGAGCAUCCUUGUACGUGCUCAAGAACCCCAAAGACAGAUACCUGGAGAAACCUGAGAUGGUUGCGAUUUGCUCUACCACAACAAAGCCAAGUCCAUCUGGUGGAUUAUCUCCACAAUGGUUGGAUGCCCGUCUUCAGAAUACUUUGCUGCUGCGCUUCCCACCUGAAGUGAGGACAUUAGACUUGGCUCGCAUUAUCAUUGAGGUGCGCAACGUUCGCUACGGAUUGGACACUUGCCUAGGCGUCACCGCAGUGAAAGUGGACAGCAUUUUGAAAGAUCGCAAGCGGGCUGCAGCGUUCAAUUGGUACAAGUUGCUAAAGCGGAAGUCGUCUCGUGAAAAGAAAGCAUCCAAGAACAAUCUUGCUAGCAUACACAGAGGAGACAUUAGCAUCUCUUUUUCGGUUGGUACAUCCCAAGAGCUACCGUCGGAUAUGGAUGCAGAAGAUACGGUAGAAGAAGUGGUCGAGGAUUCCAGCUCACCGUCUAUUCAUGACGAGGAGAUGACGGUAACUUAUCUGGAGAGACUAGAGAGCGAAGACUUUGAGUUCGAUGACAUGGAACAUUCUGCGACAAUGGAUGGACAGCAAACACCAGGGCUGCUUCCAUCCACAAGUGCAGCUAGGUCGAUGCAGCGUCUCCAAACGCCUUCAAGUCAUGACACGGGGUUAUUAGGCGCGCCAACUACGAUGCGCGCGCGUCAAGCGUAUACGUUUACAGGAGACAGCGAGUCGCAGGAGCUUCUGUCGUAUGAUCCAACAUCGACCAGAGCGAUGGGUGCGUUGAUUACCAAUGGAUCACCGAUAAAGCCAGCACAUGCCGGCAGGCCUCAUGGGAUCCAAGUGUAUCUACCGCACAACCGCUUUGCCUGUGUCGUUGUUGAAGUCUAUUCAAGCUCUCUGAUGUCGGAAGUCUUCGAUCUCGUUUGCAUGAAGUGUGGCUUUGUGGGUGUUCUGGACAUUCAAGACUUUGAUUUCUACGAGUUGGCGCUGCCUCGAUUCGUUUCGCUUCGGAGUGCUGGACGACCUGAGGGCGAACGUUGGUAUGGCCAACCUAUCUCGAUGUCAUCAAAGAUUGAGAACAGGGGUCGUCGUCAUGGCCUUCAUUUGUGCCAUAAAAUAACGAUGACAACGAUUCGUUUGUACGACGAAGCAAGCACUGCAAGUACCCACCAUGUCACGCCGCGGUCGCUAGUGUCGAGCUCUAAGCGCUCAAACCCUGCUCAAAUUCGCCCCAUGCCUUGGGGAGACGUGCUGCCGUACAGUUCAGGUGGAAAGCAUUGGGAUGUGCUGCGGCUCAAGUCGCGCUCGUCGCCAUGGUCAGACGUUAUUCGUCUCAACCGAAAUGCCAUGGGGAACUCCGGCGUUGCUCAGGUUAUCAGUCUCACUAACGAGGUUUAUGACCAGGAUCCAGAGAGUGAGCUGCGUAAAGGAACUCAGGAAGUAGCUCUGUGGAGCUGUUAUGGUAGCGGACGUUUUUCAGAGACCAUCAUGGCCACGGUGGUUCCUCGCUAUAUCCUGAUUAACAAGACGGAAGAAACCAUCAAGUAUCGACAGUUUGGUGCGCCUCAAACCUUCCGACUGGCUGCCAACGAUCUCGUACCAUUCCAUUGGCCCAGUGCGUCACGAGAGAAACUCCUGGAAGUGAGUCUGCUGCACAAGUACAGCUGGAGUGGCAGCUUCCGAAUCAAUUCGCUCGGGACCACUUAUCUGAAGUUGCGCGACCGGAAUGACCUGUCUCGAAUCUACAUUUUGCAGUGUCAGAUUGAGCUAGUGGGCGGGUCUGUUGCGCUGAUAUUCCGAGAGGAGUCGAAGCGUUUUCCUCCUUACAGAAUCGACAACAUGACGUCAUAUCGGAUACGCUACAAGCAGACAAACUGGGGUGAAGACAAGGACUUCGACGAGCUGCUACCGCGCUCAUCUUGUCCUUAUUCUUGGGAUUAUCUAAAUGGCUCCGAAGGCAAGUCCUCAUCCUCGUCGAACCAAGAUCCGGCCUUCCCUGGCAGCUCAACCUCUUCGUCUCGAUCGCUUCAAGUACGGUUCAUGCGAGUGACAUCGUCUGCAUCCAAGGCUGGAGGGGACUCGGACAAGGAUGCGGUGGAGAUUCGAGAGUACAAUCUGGACGAAAUGGCAACGCACAAACGUAUCCAACUGCAUCGCUCGCUGCCAUCCGAACUCUUCUUGAAGCCGGAGCAAAAGGGAUAUCUUCUGAAGAAGGACAGCAUGCUCAAGUGGAAUCGGAAGUACUUUCGCUUGUACGAGCACAUGCUGUACUACUUUGCCAACGAGACGGACCAGGAGCUUCUUGGAGUUGUCGAUCUCCGCACAGGCUCUGACGUGCCCGGAGUUGGAGGAGUUGCCAUUUUUGAGAAGGCUGCAGAAGCUCCAUCAAAAAGCGGCUUCAUUUCUUUGAAUGGUCUGGUUUCUUCGAUCUCGGGCAGUUUCUUCGGUGGCGGCUCGAGGCAGAAAAAUGGAGGUGACGAUGACGACGAUGACGAUGGGGAUGACAGAUCGAGAGAGCUCGUGCGACUUGCAGUGUCGUUAACCACGUCCAGUGUACUAUGUGAAGAAUCGGAGAAGUUCGUGAACGCACACGUUGAAAGUGGAGCGUUUGCAAAAAGUGGUGUUACGCGGAAGGGGUUUUACGUGAAUGGACAAGACCUGGUCGAUUUUUUGGUGACUGAGAUGAGUACGCAGACGAAGUCGCAAGCGUUCACAACAGCGCAAGAGAUGCUGGAACUUGGUGUGCUAAAGCCAAUUCAGAUAUCGUCCGACGUGGGUGCUCACAAGCAAGCGCCCUUGAAGAGUUUCCAGUGCUCCAAACAUGUGUGGUACAGCGUUGACUCGAUCAACCUUGCAGAGGACUCCGACUUGGACUCGGAAGACAGUGUCAGCAUAACCACACCGCGAGAUAGCAAUCUAUCGUCGAGCAAGGCAAGUGCAAAGCCUCUUGUCGUCGGCUCGAACCAAUUCUCGAUUAUUACGCCAACCAAGUGCUACGAUCUGAAGGCCAAGAACCCGAAAAUUGCUAAGAUUUGGGUGAGACGACUGCGACUUGCUACUCAAGGCGGCCAAGUCGAUGAUUUCGAGGAAAUGCCAGAGGAAACAUUAAUGGCAGGAGCCCCAAAGACGAUGCGGUCUCAGCGAGACCUUGUUCCUCAGGUUCAAAACGCGAAAACGUACGUGCACGUUCGUAUCCGUGCCGAUGGACCGACCAAGGUACUGGAGCUGUUUGAAGGUGGUGAAGAGGACUUUGAUGAAAGAGAAAACAAGUUUGAAUUGACCAGUACAGCAUCGGCGUCCUCAGACUCACCUACAGCUAGCGAAAUUUCCGCUAACGCAUUGGAAUCUCUGACUUCUGGAAUGGCAUUGCAUCUGCGUGUGGAUGGAGUCGGCAUCUCGUGCGUGAACGAACUUCCGAUGGAGCUGGUGUAUGUUUACUUAGGUGGCAUUAGCUUGCACUACUCUCGUGUGAAUUCCAACAUGCGAAUGAACAUUACGCUGGACGAUGUGCAGAUUGACAACCAGAGUGAAGAAGCGACAUUCACAAAGUUGCUGUGUCCGCGGAUGGAGAAUGGAGCUGCUGCGGCAGCCAACCCGACGCGGAAAAGGACGAUCGGUGAUAUUGACGAAGAUCUUGCAGAAAUGGUUAACCAAGGCAGAGGCGUCGGUGGAGAGAAUGGAGACGACGAGUCACUGGAGAACACGGGCUUGAUCUCGAACCAGAAUAUCUUCAGCUGCGCGGACUGCAAGUAUCGCCAAGCGAAUGUGGCGGCGAUGCACUUCUGCUGCACAUGGUCCAAUGAACAAGGCACCACGGAUUAUUUCAAGCACUGCUCGUUCUGGUUGUACCCUGUCAUCACGCAGCUGGAUGAAGAGCUGUUGGUGUCAGCUCGAGCAUUUAUGGCGGCGAUGUCUCAAUCGUGGGGGCAGAACCGCUCACAGAAUCGUGGCGGUGAGAUUCGGAUGAAGAGCAUUCCAAUCGAGAUGAUGAUGGAGUCUCUGGCAGAGUACAGGGAGAACACACACAGUGACGAACUGAAUCCGCUCACGAGUCUGAAAUCUUACACCACGACGUCAUCAUCGGAGACUCGCAAGGUGUACUUCGCCUUAUUGCACAUCCAUCCAAUGGACUUUGAUAUCACGUUCCGCAGUGAUGUAUUCCAGACGAGCACGACGAUCAGUCUUCACGAAGCGGCCAGUUUCAAGAAGUCGGGUAGUCAUGCUGACGAAAUGAAGCGCUCCAGCUCGGCACCGCCUUCUUUUGGUGAUAGUACUGGAGAUGACUCGUCAUCCGUGACCUGGGCCAUUCCUAGUUUGACGAUGCACGUGCCGGAUCUUGAUAACGCCCCCGUGCGCUUGAACGCCUUGAUGAUCGAGCACGCCUUUGGUACCAGCGGUGAUCUGACCCGCCGAGUAUCGAAGUACUACACUCGUCAGCUAUGGAAGCAGCUCCACAAGAUUCUGGGAUCGUUUGAUUUCCUUGGAAACCCAGUUGGAUUCUUGGACCAUAUUGGUACGGGAGUGCGUGACUUCGUGUAUGAACCACUGGAAGGCCUGAAGAUUGGAGGUAAGGGCUUCAGUAAGGGUCUAGCCAAGGGCACAGCGAGUUUGAUGACGAACACGGUCGACGGCACGUUCGAUGCGGCAAGCAAAAUCUCUGGCACCUUCGGACAAGGAUUUGCGAACCUGAGUUUGGAUGAUCACUAUCAGCAUAACCGUGCCCGUGCUCGUCGUCGUCAUGUGCGUGGUCUGCGAGAAGGACUCGUGCAAGGCUCGCGGGAGCUGAGUCUGGGUGUUUACGAGGGUGUUGCUGGACUUGUGUUGAAUCCCAUGCGAGGCGCUCAAGAAAGUGGAGCUGUGGGUUUUGUAAAGGGAACGAUCACAGGAAUUAUCGGACUCCCCGUCAAGCCUGUCGCCGGUAUCUUUGACUUUGCCUCCCGUGCUACACAAGGUGUGCGGAACCGUUCCUUGCAGAAUGGUCAGAACAUGCAGCGAGUCCGGCGGCCACGUGUGUUCGGACGUUACAAUGAGCUGAAAUGCUACAAGGAAGCGGAUACGAUUGCUUAUGAGCUGCUCAAGCGAGUCGGAGGUGAGCGGCUUUCGGGCGAGAAAAUUAUCUUCUACAACGAAAUCAUGCAAUCUGUGAGUGCUGCCGAUCUUACGCGUGAAGCGCGAGACCGACGACGGAGUGGUAGCAAUGGAGGCAGCAAGUCGAAGAGCAACGACUCAACGCGUGAGCGCACGAAUUCGCUGCGUCGAGCGUUACAGGAAGACGAUGAGCGCCGUCGCGCUGCUGGUGAGCCUCCAAAUGCAGGUACAGGUGAGAGUAGUGGACGCAAGCUGCGCUACGAGGCUGUUUUCUAUCAGAAGAAGCUGGGGAUGGACCUGGAAACGGACUUCUACUGCGAGAACGUGACAAUCAAGGCCAUCGAUGAAACAUCUCGUUCCAAGGUCAAGGUUCGCGGACAAAUCGCCCCUGGACAACUGGUGUUGCAGGAAGGAGACUGCCUCAUUGGGAUCUGUCUUCACCUCAGCGUGGGCGUCGAUAGCUUGCCGAUGGGUCCACGGCUGCGACCGUCUCUCAAGGCCAUCGAUGGCCACGAGAGGGACAUGAACGUCUUCUUGGAUGUCAUGUGGCACAGCUUCGGCUCGGCCACUGCUGAAGAGCAGGAACUUUGGCCUUCAGACACGAGUCUAAACGGCUAUCUACUGAAGAAAGGAGGGUUUUCGACAGUGCGUCGCUGGUUCGUGCUGAGUCGCAACUGUCUCUACUACUUCUCCAGUCGCAAGCAGCUCCGUGGCAUCAUUCCUCUAGGCCACGUACGACUCGAGACGGACGCGGGUGAUGCGCGAUGUCUGCGCAUUACGAACGCUACUCGCUCGCAGCCGCUGGUAACACUGCAAUUGGACAGUGGUCAAGUCGUGGAGCGUGUGCAAAGCGAAGUGGUGCUGGUGGCUGCCUCAACCCAGGAGCUGGAGAUGUGGCAGUCGUCGUUAGCUCACGCCGCCGGCAGGGGCAUGCGCCAUUCACGAGGCACGCGCUUCUUCGUGCCAACUGCUGCGUCACGUCUCGAGAUCGGUACACAAGAAACACCGGACUUUGUCGUAAAGCCGCUGGCUGAAGCUCUUAAGAAGACCGUCGAAGUGUUUAACACGAAGCUGCCCUAA